AUGACAAAAUUUUGGAAUAAUACACUUCACUCGCUAUUAAAAACUAAAUCUGAAGAUAAUAUGUCAAAAAAUCAACUUUUAUUACAGAUUGAACAGUUAAAGGCAUCUCUUGAAGAACAAAAACGAGAAAAUGCUUUUUUAAAAGAAUCACAUGCUAAUGAAAUUUAUGAACGUGAAAGAGAAGAAAUGGAGAGAAUUUAUAAACAUGAAAGAGAAGUAAGAGAAAGAACUCAUAAACGCGAGGUAGAACUUAUGCAACAAAAUAUUAAUAUAUUAGAACAAAAAAUUAAUGAUUUACAAGCAUGA